GGACCCUGUCUGGUUAUUUUUGAGGACCAAGUUGGCGCAACUGUACUACUGCCAAUGGUAAUCAGGGACCUAGGCUUCGAGGGGCUCAUCAGGCGAAGAGCGCGGAAACCUCGGGGACCUGAGACUCAGUGGACCCCACUCCACUUCCCUCCGGGUGGCGGCGCUGUUUCGAGUGACCGACAGGCGCAGCGAAAGGAAGCCCCCUGCUGUAAAGAAAGCAGAGGGGUCCCAGUCGCCAUGGAGGGCCCACACUCUGAAAAGACCAUGGAGCAACAGGAUUCACACGAGGAGAGGAGUCCCCGCAGUCCAAGAGGCAACAUCUGCCACCUGGGGGCUCUACAGUGCACCCACUGCCUCAUCACCUUCGCCGACUCCAAGUUCCAGGAGCGUCACAUGAAGCGGGAGCACCCAGUGGACUUCGUGGCCCAGAAGCUGCAGGGGGUCCUCUUCAUCUGCUUCACCUGUGCCCGCUCCUUCCCCUCUUCCAAGGCCCUGAUCGCCCACCAGCGCAGCCACGGUCCAGUUGCAAGGCCCGCCCUGCCAGUUGCACCCACCACUGCCCAGCCCACCUUCCCUUGUCCUGACUGUGGCAAGACCUUUGGGCAGUCCACUUCUCUGAGGCAGCACCACCAGGUACAUGAGGCCCGGGCCCUUUCUGGUCCCUUUGCCUGCACUGAGUGUGGUCAGGACUUUGCCCAGGAAACAGGGCUGCAUCAACACUAUAUUUGGCAUGCCCGGGGGGAGCUCUGAAUGCAGCUUAAGCCCUCUCCAUGGUGAUAGGGGCUCUGUGGCUGGUGGGAACCACUCACGAUAUGGGGAAUAGGUCCCCUGGGGGCCUUGGAGGGAUUUGCUUUCCUCCCCAGGAUGGCAAAAGGGUCUUGAUAAAUAGGACCCAGAAGAUUAUCAUUUAGAACUCAGUCUUUGGAGGAAACAUGGAAACGGUGAAAUCAGACAAUUGUGAGAUCUGUUUUAAAACAAAUGAGCAACAGGAAAAAUGACUAGUAUCUCCCUCUUUCCCAAUUUAAUAACUAGCUACAGAUUGUGUAAUAACCUUUAAUUCUUCUAAGAUGGAUACCAUGGACUGUAGGAGCAAAUUGCCCUGGAUCUGUGCCUUCAUGGGGGCUCAGGGAAGGUGAAGUGUUGUUGGCCUGUAAAGCCAGUGCCACUGGUUGAGUUCCAGACCUGAAGCAACUUGGGCUUUUGUGGAUGGGGCAGCAAAGUUGGGAGCUGGACCCCAAGUCAGGUAGAGGUUGCAAUUUGAGUCCUUGUCUCUUCUCACCACCCCAUCAGCCUUCCCCACUCAAAGAGGGGCCACGGCAUUGGAUGGCACUAGCCCCCAGAUAAUUCAUGCCCAUUUAAAUAAUUUUGUGUAUACAUGUAGGUGAGGUGGCAUGAAUAAGAUAACAGAAAUAGUAUCUAAAAACAGAAAACAUCCAUAUUAAAAGGUCUAAACAGGGAACUCUGGCUUUUCAGCAGGAAUUUCCAGAGAACGAAAGGGUGUAGAGAUAGGGGAGCUCAGGAUAGAGUUGGCUGAGCCCAAUUGGGAAAUUGGUUUGGUGUCAAACAGAGAUACCUUCUAUUUCGUGUUUUAUUUGGCCAGCAUUGAGAGAUUUCCCAUUAAGAUGCUAUUUUCAGCUCUCUUGAAAGGCCCAACCCAGGGCUUACAUUGUCAACAGGGACAGGGCAGAAGCUACAAACUGGAGCUGAGCAGUACGUGUCGGCCUCAGACACGAGUCCCACCAGACCAGGGCCAGUUUUAUUCCCUUACAUUUCCUACAUACAAGACUCAAACUCUAUUUAAUUGAGGGAUGUUUUGAAAGCCCACAGGUGAAAUGGAUGUGGUAGAGACUGAGAGCUGUCUCCCAAUUUUCAGUUAGGCACAUGGUAGCUAAAUAGACUACAUUUCCCAGAUUCCCUUGCAGCUAGAUGUGGCCAUGUGACUGAGUUCUUGCUAAAGUCCUCGUUAGAAUCCUCAAGCUUUCCUCCACCUUCCCAACCGGAAUAUGGACAUGGUAUCCAGCCAUCUUGAACAAUGAAGACAAAAACACAACAUGUGGGAUGGCAGAGCAACAAGAUAGCAGGAGCGAGGUCUCUGGUCAACUUCAUGUAACGGAGCCACCACACCAGCCUACUUUCAUACUGUUAUGUAAGAGAAAAAUAAACCUCUAUCUUGUUUAAGCCACCAUUA